GAAGAGGAUGGAGUUACUAUGUUUUCUUGUGUUGGUAUUGGGAAGUAGCAUAAGGGCCAAUGGUGCAGUUUCUCAACUUUCUUGGAGAGAAAUCAGCAAUAUCAAUAGCCAAGGGCCAUAUAUUGGUAUAGUGGUGCCAAAUGCCUUUGAGAUGAAUCCUCUUCUUCAAUCACCUAGCUUUGUUGCUCAUAACAAGUUUCCUUACUUUGAUUUUGCCGGAAAACAUUUUCGCAUUGGUGAAAUUGAAAGGAAGAAAGUUAUAGUUGUUAUGACCGGAUUGAGUAUGCUAAAUGCAGGUCUUUCCACCCAAUUGUUGCUCACUUUGUUCAAUAUAGAAGGAGUUCUUCAUUGUGGAGUUGCAGGAAAUGCAAAUCCUAAACUCCAGAUUGGAGAUGUGACUAUUCCCCAGUAUUGGGCCCACACAGGACUUUGGAAUUGGCAGAGGUUUGGAGAUGGUCCUAAAAACGAACUAGCUUUUGAAGCCGAUGGAGAUUUCGGCAGAAAAUUUGGUUAUCUUAAUAUUUCCAAUUACAAUAACUACACAAAACAUUCCAACUCAGUGACAAAUGUUCUUAACAACGUUUGGUAUCAAGCAGAGGAAACUUUCCCAGUGAAUGGAACUCCUGAAGUUAGGCAGCAUGCUUUCUGGGUUCCAGUUAACAAGGCUUACUUUAAAAUAGCAAGAAAGCUUAAGAAUGUUAAAUUGGGUGGUUGUGUCAACACAACCUGCUUGCCAAGGAGGCCUAUUGUGGUGAGAGUAAAGAGAGGGGUUAGUGCCAAUGUGUUUGUUGACAACAAAGCUUAUAGAGAAUUUUUAUACUCCAAAUUUGAUGCCACUUCGAUUGACAUGGAAAGUGCUGCUGUUGCUUUAGUCUGUCUCCAACAGAAAACACCAUUCAUUGCCAUUAGAGCACUGUCUGAUUUAGCUGGUGGGGGUUCUGCAAUGUCCAAUGAAGCAGCUGUGUUUGCCUCUUUAGCAGCCCAAAACGCUGUAGAUGUUCUUAUCAGAUUCAUCUCCUUAUUAACUUAAUGUCUUUCUCUUAAGUGUAAGCAAGGGAUUCUGAAAGAGUGGCAAAUAAUGUGUUCCAAAUGCAUAGCUCCUAUGUUAUGUACU